AGUUUAAACUGAAGAAAGUUUCUUCCACCAUAGUCUAAGUUUUGGGUUGGCUUAAAGGCAAGGCUACAUACUUUUGGAAGCUCAGAAAAUAUACUUACUGAUAUGAAACAAAAAGUUCCCUGAGUUUUCUGUGGAAAGAUCAGGACUUUGUCAAGGAGGGAAAAUAUCUUUGAUAAAAUGGAUUUAAAUAGGUGCCCAAGUGCAUCAGUAGAAGAGGAUCAAAGACAAGGGGAUGGGGAGGAUGCUACUGCUGAUGCUGGCAAUUGCGUUGUCAGUGAAGAGCUGGAUCUGGUACAAAUGUAUCUUACCUGUUUACCGGACACCUACAUGAAAGCUAAAUUCACCCUGACAGCAUACCUGGCAUGCUGGUUAGUUCUGAAACUCUGCAAGAGAGCCUGUGAGAAAGGAGACUCUGCUUCUAAAAAGGUGCUCAGAGGAAGUGCCACAAGAGGGACUGCUGGAGUGACAGAAGAGGAGACUACUUCUAAGAAGCCAAAGCACCAUACCCAAGUGCUGAGUCAAUUUCAGACCCCAGAGCCAACUGAAAACUACAUCACUGAAGGAGAGUUUGAAGAUGACCAGAGUUCUUCUGCCCCAAGCACGGUAGAGUUGGAGAUACGUGGGUCAAGCCAGGAAACAGAUGAAGAUUAUUUUGAGACCCAAUCGCAUCAGAGUGAAUCCUUGUCUGACAUAAAGACUGAGCCUUAUGAAAGUGUGUCAGACACAGAGUCUGUUGCCAGUGACAUAAGUGGAGAAACUUGCUUAAGUUCAAACUGCCUUUCUGCUGAAAAAAAAGAACCAUGCCAUACUUUUCCUGAUACCAAUGCAGAAAUACCCCCCCAUAAACUUCAUUGCAUGAGCCAACUGGAGUUGAGUCAAAAGGCACAAUUGGAGUUGUCUUCUGAUUUAAAAGUAGCACCAAGUAAAAGUGAAUUUUGUAUACAGACUACAAAAUCGAGAAGAGAAGAAGAGGCAGGAGAGGAAGAACUAAUAUUAACUAGUGAUCCCUCCAAUACUGGGUCUGGCACUAGUGGAGAGGACACUAUAUCUAAGACAGAGACUAAAUUGGUAGUGGAUGGAUUGCAAGGUGAAGCAAAGUCUGAAAACAAUAAAGUGCAAUCCUGUGCCAGCUCAGAACCAGCUGAAGAUGCUAUUGCAAAGAGUAAAAAAAGUCCAGCAGGAUUAAGCAUUGCUUGUCUGAAAGCAAACUCUGAAAGCUGUUUGACUUUUCCCGAGACUCAGCAAUUUCCUUUGCAGCCAGAUGUAGGAUCAAGCCAUAGUUUGCCUAAUAUUAAUUUUGAAACAAAUAGAACUGACAGUAAAAGAAACUCUGAGACAUUUGAAUUUCACUAUGAACUAGAUUCUAGAUCCAACAUAAAAUGCAGUCAGAGGAACUCAGUUAACAAUGAGGAAACUACAGCUACAAAGACAAGAAACAGAACUCCAGGGGCCACCCUUAAAACGGAUUCACUCUUAUACCAGCCCUGCCUAAAAUCCAAAUUUCAGCUUCCACACAUGAGGCCAGAGAUCAAAGAAAGUAAAACAUGGCACAGUACACCUGAAAACAUAAAUGCCGGGGGCGAGAGAGACUACUUAGGUAACUGCAUUCAGUUUACAGAUAAAUUAAGAUUGUCAUGUUCCAGGAUACAUCUUGAAGGAUUGGGUUUUGAGUACACCUGGAAAAACAUAGAAAGGGUUGGUGGGAGCUCUGAAAAAGCAAUAAAAGUGGAGGGGAAAUUUGGCAUAAAAGGAUCACUCCUUAAUACCUGCCUAGACUCAAAUAACAGUCAGCUAUCUCAUCCAGCGGGCUCCCAGCAAAGUGCUGAAGCUAAUUUGCACACUGAAUCAGAGAAAUGUGGCCUUAACCCAGAAGCAGACAUGUGUGCUGAUGGCUUAUCUUCAGCACAGCUCCAACUGAGAGAUACCUCUGAGUGGGAUUCAAUAGAAAGGGAGACUCCCUCUGCCUUGGCUUCAGAGCCAAUGAGCGUAAAUGCUGAAGGAGAGGUAAGAAAAGCUAAAUGCAAAUCUGAGAGGGGUUUCAAAGCACACGGGUUCUCUCACAGCAUUAACUCUGAAUCCGGCAUCAGUGAGGACCAAGCAUCUUGUCUUGUAGGUGUUUCUGCCAUUGCAGAAAACAAAGGUGAUAACUAUUUAGCAAACUAUGGCCCAGCUGGUAAAACACAGCUGAACAACUUGGAGGAGAGCAGCCCUGAAUCACCAAGUACUGAGGCUUGUGUGGGAGAAAGAGAUUCAGAGGAUUCUUCUGAACUGAAUUUGGGUUGGAAAUCCCUGGAGGCUACACUGAACUCUGGUGGCCAAGACAUUGCAGGAGAGCAGGACGUUUCGAUGCUGCAAAACCUGAAUUGCAAAAACAAUGCCUUACAGGGUCACUCUGAGCUUGUAACAACAAAUGGACAUCUCGCUGAUGCAGGAAAAAAGGAUGAGAAUGAUGGUGUUGAUGCCUGUUCUGUUGAAAUAGCUACCAAACCACAUUACAUGCACCAGGGGAAAAAAUUGAUGAAGCUCUCAGAGUUAAAACCUGCUCUGAUUAUAAUAUCUGUGGAGGAGAAGGGCUUGCAGUCCAAGAUGCUGAAUGAUGACCGUCCUGCUGGAAUAAUAACUGGAACGUUAGGAGAACUAGCCAAUGAGGAUUUGGGGUCUCAUCCCGUUGCCAGAAAAGAACCCGAUGAAUCACAGAGAGAUCUGAAUGCAUAUUCCAGCCUUGAAGAGCAAACUCUGCCCAUACAGCCCAUCUCUGGCAAUGAAGAGGUGACCGCUGCUGGGAGCACAGGGCAAGAAGAAUCAGAAAUUGUGCAGCAGCAAGUAGAGAGAACAGAUCCAGAUUUGUCUUUAAAACUCAGCUGCAGUGGCUUCCCGGUAACCACUAUAAAAAAUGAAUCCAGUGGGGCUAAUUUACACUUGGAAGAUGUUACCAUUCCCUCGAAAGAAAAGGCAGAUGCAUGCAUUGGAGCACAUUUGAAAUCACCUGGCAUAAUUAUUGGGGGAAUCUGUCCGGUAGAGCCCUGCAGAACUAAUGCUGGGGUGCAGUCAGAAACAGAGCUGCUAAAAAAAUCACUCUUUGAAACAAGAGACAGCAAAGUGACUGAGGAAAAUGAGUUCAAUAUAAGUCAAGGCCUAGAGCAAGAUAUAUGUGGAACUAGCGCAACAGCACUGGAAAAGAACAGGAUUAGUGGCCUGUGUCAGGGAGAUGGUGCUUAUGGUGACACCUUCGGGAGCAUCAUCUCUUGCGUACACAGGCUAGAAAAGAAAGAAACUGAAAGCUGUAAUAUUUCAAAGGAACAAAUAGGCAUUAGUGAAGAUUCUCCCAGCAGAGAACUAAAGCUGGGCUCUACUGUGGAGGAGCUGGCGAGCCUUAGCAAAGACAAUGAACAGAAUCCAAAUGAGACCGAUGCUUUUAACUGUAUAGUGAAAACGGAGAGCCAAGAGGCCUCUGCCCUGGGUCUAGAUAAUGUAAGCACUAGCAGUGCUAACAGUGAGGAGAUGGAUGAGAAUUCGUUCCAUUUCUUGGGGAGUAACAGCAGUCUCUAUAAGGCUGUGCAGAAGCAGACCAAGACUGGGAAACCUUCCAAGUUUUUAGUGUUCUCAAAAAUAGCAUCUUUCAAGAAAACCAAGACAGCGGCUGCUGAAAACCAAGGUAGCAGCAGCUUCUUUGGCAGCAAAACAAAGACAGAAGAACUUGAUGCUGGGAAAGAGGAUGACGACACAGAAAGCUUGCAGUCUUUUAAAAGCAGUUCACCCAGUUCUGCCUUCCAAAGAAAGGAAAGCUACACCUCUGAAUAUUCUGAUGAUGACGACUUAUUUUAUGAAAGACCUGCUGGAUUGUUCAGCAGAAUCAGCCUGAGGAAGGCUUCUGGCUCUGGUCGGAUACUGAUGGACAACAUAGACACACAUUCUACUUCCCCCGCGUUGAAUGUCAAACACUCUGAAGCACGAGUCUUAGAAUCAGUUGAAAAUAAUGACAGUGAAGUGCCACAGUAUUCUGGGGUGAGGAAAUCCCUGAGUGAGAAUGAGUAUAAAAGAAACAAAAACCCAGAGAGUAAAAAAUUCAGGACAAGACUGGCCUUGGCGCAUAAAUCCUUCUCAAGUUUCUUUGAAUCCAAAUCCCUGGAAAAGGAAAAUCCUGAACAGAGUCCCAAAGGAUCAUUGAAACAUGAAAAGGAGAAAGCCAAGCUUCGCCAAAGCUCCUGGAAAGCAUUUCUGAAAAGCAGGGAGGCUGAUGGACUGAAAAAGCCAACCUUAGCAAGUUUAUCACCAUCACAGGAGAGUCUUAAAACAACCCGGGGCCACCAGCAAGGUCCUGGUAAUGUUACAAGAAGAACAUCCACAGAGAAGCAGGAGAGCUCUAAUGGACAAGCAUAUUUGAGCUCAUAUGAGUUUAAUGCCACCUCCACGGAUGCCAACCAUUCUGACACCUCUGUGGAAUCCAUUGAGGUCUCUACACCUAUAGAUAUGAGAAGAAAAAGAGUACUAUCCUAUGAUCUGACUAUCAAAUGUCCAGAAUACCCAGACUAUGCUGAGCAGCAGGAAACAAUGGUCAACAGUUCAGAUACUUCUGAGGAAUACUGGCUGAGAUCUCCCUUUAGCCCCAGUGACCUGCAAUCACCGUUUACUCACCUAAGCCCCUCUUGCCCCCAGCUAUCGACAUAUGAAGGUAAAGACAUGCCCUGUCGUCCCAUGAGCCCUAAACCACAAAGUCCAAGACCUGGCUCUCAACGUAAGAGUUUCCGUUAUCCCGGGAGAAUAAGUGCCACUUCCAUGAUUUCUCUUGGGAACAGCUCUGCUAUCGACAGCAAUUUAGAGGCACCCGAGAGGCCAAAGACACUGAAGCCCAGGGGUACUCUCUUGCUUUCUGUGCACUCAUUGGACAAUGAAUACCUGAGAGAAGACAGUGGGAUAAGCAGCCAGUCACAGAUCAGCUUAAACACUGCUUCUUCAGUUAGCGAUAUACUCAGAGAUGAGGAUCCCCAACAGCAAAGUCAAACGCCACCUGAAAAGAGGCCCAGUGAGAAAUGGGUUCUGCAUCGCAAAAAGAAGUCCCCUCAGAUCAUGCUGUCCCCACGGCCAUUCUCCAGCAUUGAGAGCAAAGUCUGGAUGCUCCCCUUCCUCACCCCAGAUGGAAAAGCCAAGAAGACGUCGCAGAGGAAGAGACUCAAACCCCUGUACAAGCGCUUCAGCUGUGACGACAUGUGGCUGGAGAGGUAUCGGAAAAGGAAUCUAGAGAAGGAGACGCAGUCGGAGAGAGAGAUUCAAUUGAGGAACCUCCCAGAGGACCAGUUAAAAGCUAGAAUGAGUCUGUCCAUAACUUCUCCAGUUGCCUUUGAGAUUCUUCCCCUGAAGUUGCAUCCAUUUUCCCAGAGCACCCCAACAGGCUUAGACUGCGUGGGCUGGAGACGGCGUAUCUCAUUUCCUGCACAGCAGAGCCCUUGGCUCUCACUUUUACCUGUCUGCAUGAGGACCCAGCAAUGCCCCAGCGAGUCCAGUGGGGCACACAGUGGAGAAAAUUGCAGUAGCAGUGGAAGCUCUGGGCUCUCUCCGGGUUCAGAUUCGGACAGCAGCGGGAUAGUGUGCGGUGGUGGUGGGAUGAGAGGCGUACUGUCAAGAUACUGGAGUCUGGAGAGUCUCCAUUCAGCUACAGUGAUCACUGAUGGGGCGCUGGAUAAGACAGCUCUUGCAGAUGAUGUGGGAAGCGAGGAGGAUCUGUAUGAGGACUUUCGGAGUUCCAAUCACCGCUAUGGCCAUCCUGGAGGAGGAGGAGAACAACUUGCCAUCAAUGAGCUCAUCAGCGAUGGCAGCGUGGUGUACGCAGAAGCCCUCUGGGAUCAUGUCACGAUGGAUGACCAAGAGCUGGGAUUCAAGGCUGGCGAUGUCAUCGAAGUGAUGGAUGCUACCAACAAGGAGUGGUGGUGGGGGAGGAUCCUGGACAGCGAAGGCUGGUUUCCAGCCAGCUUUGUACGGCUCCGAGUGAACCAAGAUGAACCCAUGGAAGACUAUCCUAUGAAGGCAGAGGACGGCAAAGAGGAGGAUGCCAGCACCGCCGCCCGGCGUUAUGGAGUGGGGCAGACCAGCAAGGACCAAAUGAGGACCAAUGUUAUCAACGAGAUCAUAAGCACAGAGAGAGACUACAUCAAACACCUGAAGGACAUCUGUGAGGGUUACAUUAAGCAGUGCCGCAAGAGGGCUGACAUGUUUACAGAAGAACAGCUGAAGACAAUCUUUGGGAACAUCGAAGACAUUUACAAAUGCCAGAAAAAAUUUGUAAAAGCGCUGGAGAAGAAAUUCAACAAAGACCAUCCACACUUGAGUGAGGUCGGCUCCUGCUUCCUAGAAUAUCAAACAGAGUUCCAGAUUUACUCCGAGUACUGCAACAACCACCCCAACGCCUGCGUGGAGCUGUCCCGACUCACCAAAGUCAACAAGUAUGUCUACUUCUUUGAAGCGUGCCGCCUGCUUCAGAAGAUGAUCGACAUCUCUCUGGAUGGGUUUCUGCUGACUCCAGUGCAGAAAAUCUGCAAGUAUCCACUGCAGCUCGCUGAACUACUCAAAUAUACCAACCCCCAGCACAGGGAUUUUAAAGAUGUUGAAGCUGCCUUAAAUGCCAUGAAGAACGUUGCUCGACUGAUCAAUGAGAGAAAAAGGAGGCUGGAGAACAUAGACAAAAUUGCCCAGUGGCAGAGUUCCAUAGAGGACUGGGAGGGUGAAGACGUCCUAGUCAGAAGCUCGGAACUCAUCUAUUCUGGGGAAUUAACCAAAAUCUCCCAGCCUCAAGCGAAGAGCCAACAGAGAAUGUUCUUCCUCUUUGAUCACCAGCUGGUCUGCUGUAAGAAGGAUCUCCUGCGCCGGGACAUCCUCUAUUAUAAGAGUCGGAUCAACAUGGAUGACAUGGAAAUAGUGGACGUGGAGGAUGGGAAGGAUAAGGACUUCAAUAUCAGUGUUAAAAAUGCAUUCAAGCUGCUCUGCAGGGACCCUGAGGAAGUCCACUUAUUCUGUGCAAAAAAGCCUGAACAGAAACAGCGCUGGCUCAAGGCAUUCGAGAAUGAAAGGAAACAGGUUCAGCUUGACCAGGAAACUGGUUUUUCAAUCACAGAGGUGCAGAAGAAGCAGGCGAUGCUGAAUGCCAACAAACAGCACCACACCGGAAAGCCUAAGGCUGUCACCAGGCCCUACUAUGACUUUCUGAUGCGUCAGAAGCAUCCUUCUCUGCCUACCAACCUCCCCCAGCAGCAAGUCUUCAUGCUGGCAGAGCCCAAGCGCAAGCCCUCGAACUUCUGGCAGAACAUCAGCAGGCUGACACCCUUUCGGAAGUGAGGGGCAGCUCCCUAUUGUGCCUGAAUCCCUACUGAGAAAGCACUUUAGCCAUCUGUUCCAGCUGACGGACCCCCAGCUCCUCCAUCCCUCUGUUUGCAAAGGAUGGCGCAUGCUCCUUCCUUCCCUAUUUAUUCUGCAGACUGACUGUACUUGAAUGGGUCCAAAGUGGAACACUGUGUUGCGUGUUUUUGUGCCAGUCAAAGUGAGCCAGCCCUGCACAACACUCGGGAGCCAUACAAACCCCCAGGAAGAGAUCACGACAGGAUGGAGCCUGAACUGUUUUUCAUCUUACCCUUGUUGUCAGCUGCAUCUUGAACCAAUCCUCCCAGCUGUGAACAUUAUUGCUGUCUGACAACUGCCAGAGAGACUCUAGCCUUCAGCCAACUUGGCUGCCCAUGCAGAGAUGGCAGUUUGUCCAUUCCAACACCAGCCUGCUUGGUGUCUACUGAGCAUGCUCAGAACCAUGGUUCAUUGUUGCUGAUGUGAUGCACUUUUGGGGGGACUAAACCCUUCCUUUUACUGCCCCAAUUCCCGAGUUCAUCUUCAAAGAAAUGAUCUUACUACACGUUUAACAGACUGAUUAGCCUUUAUUGGCACUCAGAGAAGGCAACAAUGAUAUUGCUGUGCCCUUUUUCUUUUCCUUAGGUCAACACACCGCCGAACCAUAGUCCAUUAAAUGGUGCCAAUCAAACCCACAGCAUGAGUGAAGUACAUGCAUCUUGCAACCUAGUUGAUUUUCUUUGAGUUAUGUAAAAAAAAAAAGAGUUAGGAAAAAAAUGUGCCUAAAAUAAAUACUGUUGUCAGCUCCUUAGACUCUUCCCACUGUCACUCUGCCAUAUUUCCUGGCCAAUGAAAAUGUUAAACGUUUGUAAUGUGUUUAUUUAUGGCAAAUACAGAACUGUGUAUUUUGUAAGUUUGUAAUCAGUCCUGUCAGAUGUUGUUAACUUGAUGCCUGUUCGUCUGUCUUUCUUUUUUUUGUUAACAAAAAACAAAGGCCAACAUCUGCAAACUUAAUUCCCUUAAGUUAAGGUCCUAACUCCACAGUUGAGCUCCUUCGUUCAAAAUGGAUGGAUUUUUCCAAACCAGAGAACACGUACACCCCCCCCCCCAUAUUGAGGUGUAUUCCAGGUCACCUGCACCUUUGAAAAAAGAAAUCAGGCCAUUUAUAAGGUGCCUAAAUGUGGAAUUAAGAGCUUAGCGGUAGGCACGCAGGUUUGUAAAUUGUGGCCAAAAAGAAUUCAUUUAAUCCUCGGUUAGUAAAAGGAAAGAUUUGCCUUACAAUAGUGAAAGAGUUAGAAGCCAUAAGGACUGAAUUCCAUAGCUUAGAAGAAGUUGCGGCUGGUUGGAAGGAAAACACCCAUUCGUUCCAGCGUGUUGCUAUUGUGAGUAAGCACUAACUGUCUGCAAAGCUCAGAGUUCCAAUGUUUGCUGAUACUGUAGCUGACUGAAGUCUGGUUAUCCAGGGAUAUCUGAAUUCAGUAGCAUGUACAAAGUCAUUCUUGCACUAUAUCUUUCCCCUCGCCAGGGGCUACAUUUAAUUUCAUAAAGAAACUUGUAAAAGUGACUUACAGCCAGUGUUUGUGUCUUACACGUACAUGUCUGUCGGUGUGGUCCUCGUUCGGCCUCCUCACAAUCCUAGCUGCUUCUUUUCCUUGCUACAUAGGUGGCCAUGUGUCACUAGAGACCACUCUGGAAGUGGCAUCUUUCAAAGUCCUCCUGGGGAUGGCAUAUCUGUCGAGAGAUACAGAGGAACCUGGAAAUAUGCUAGUCAGUUGGAAUUGAGUGCUCAAGGCUGCCAGUGGAAUUAAAGGCCAGCUUCCAAAUUCCUGUCCUAUCCCUUGACAGGUUACAGCACUGAAUUUCCUGACAUCAGCCGGGCACUUCAAAGCAAGUGCAUCGUUCAUGAUGGACCAUUUCCCAUCGAUACAUUGUAUUUAAAUAAGCUGCAGUGGAUGCCUGAGCCCUGGAUUUCUGUUUUGCCUCUCACUCCUGUGAGGAGAGAGAUGGGAACGCCGUUCCAAGAUGUAAAAAAUUGCCGGAGAGAACUUAUAUGUAGCCAUGCAGCAGCUGUAUAGCCCAGUACAGAGACUGUCAUGGGGUGUGGCCUUUCCGUGAACUUGCUGCAAAGGUCACCACCCUUUGUAACUGCAGACACAUGCCCAAUUUCCUCAGGCCUAGGAGACCCCUAUUUUGCAAUCCUCUCUGUGAAUGUUGAACUUUUCAGCUGAAGGACAAAUCUCUGCACAAGGUAAUUUUUUCAAGUUAUGGGGAAAGUGUAAGGUUUAAAUUCCAUGACGGAGCCAAAUUUCAAAAGAGUCCUCAAAAUUGGUCUUCUGAUUGUCUGGGCAACACUGCAUCAAUUGCAGGAGCAUAGUCUGUCACUUCUGCAAAUGCAUCUUCGACUACGGGUAAACAGGUCCCUUAGAAAACUUUACUAUAUUCAGAAUAACAUCCUCUGAAGACUAUUGGUGUGAACAAACAUUCCUUUUAAUACUUGUUUGCAGUGUUGCCAUAGCCGUGUUGGACCCAGGCUGUGAGACACACAAGGUAGGUGAGGUAAUAGCUUUUAUUGGACCUAACUUGAUUAUGACACUUUGGUUACCUUCUCCAGACCUGAGGAAGAACUCUGUGAAGCUCAAAAACGUGUCUCUUCCACCAAAAGAAGUUGGUACAAUGAGAUGUUACACCUCACCCACUUCGUCUCAUUUCUUUUAAUAAUCAGCUAGCCUAAGUGUACAGCAGGAAAUAUUUCAUUUACUAAUGCUUUGGCCUUUUGCUUCUCUUGGUUGCAAUACCUGAUGAUAGUCUUCCUGCUGGUUUCCUCUUGCCCAUCCAACUCUGUACUCCGACUCGCUAUGGGAAUCAGAACUAAGCUAGCUACAGCCACGUCCUAACACCAGGGCUGACUAGUUGGAGCACGUAUGGUUUCACUGGCCACGAGUGGACAUGGAUUUUUUCCUCAGCCAACCACUCUACUAGAACCCAGGCAUAGACUUGGCCCCUUAACAAAGACUUGCUAAGAAGAAAUGUCUAUGCCAGCAGUUAGAGACCUACGAAUGGAUCUACCACUGGCCCGACUUUGUUCAGAGUAGGCCUAGAUGGCAUACUGAUGAAAACACCUGCAGCAGCUGCUGCUGUUGAAUGCUCAAGGCUAGUAUGGUUUUUACUGAGCCUGUCUCUACAUAAGCCAAAAUCUGAAGCGUUAUUCACUACUACUAACUUGCCCUAGGGACAUCUAAUGUGAUCCUGCCUUGGGCUUUUAAGUACAUAGUAGACUGUAAACAUGCAUGCCAAGGCCCUGUCUACGUUACGCCCUGUCUACAUUUUCUAAUCAUGCCCCACUGUUGCUUAUACAGGUGCCCCUGAGUUAGCAACCUAGGAAGCGCUCAUGUAGCUGGGCUGCUGCACAGUUGUUUUUUUAAAGCGUGUCCUGAGUAGGUCUAACGACCAUGGUACUAAACACCAACAGCAGCCUAACACCAAUCAGACCUGUUCAGCGCUGGCUUACCUGAGAUUGUGUUAAAACCUGCAGCCAUCACACUAGGGCCCCUAACGUUGCUAACACUGGUGGAGCUGAAGAAGCAUUAGCAAUGGUAUUUUCAGUGAAUGCUCCCACAGGGCCUCAGGAUCUAUGACUGGCAUGAUUACAAACCUUGUUAAGAAGUUGGGCUAGGUUGUAUCUGCUCUAAACCCUCCAUCAUUGCUACCACUGCUAGAGGUGAAUUAUGUAGACCCCCCAGACUACUACAGCCACUUUCGAAAUUGGCUUUCAACAUGAUCACAAGUCCCUGUAGGGUGGGGGCCUGAAAAUGUGACUUCAGCCUAACAUUUUGACCCACUCAUCAUUCGCCUUGGUAACAAUCCAUUCCUCUGGGGUUAGUGCAGUAAAUGUUCUGCCUGAUGCUUUAUCACAGCAGUAACCAUGUUAGUGCUGCACCGGGCUUCAUCUUUGAAUACAAGCUUGCAAUGGAUGUCACAUGAGUCAUCGUUCCCCACACACGUACUGCCUUUGGGGUUCACGUGGCUAGGGAACUGAAUCACAUUUUAGCAAUGGAAUUACUUACAGAAAUCAGGAUUGUAGAAAAGGGUCCUUUAUCCACCAAUUAGAAGAGGAUUCACGCUGAUCUCCCAGUGUCCUAGUUCAUUUAACUGAGCUGAUGGUGAUUUCCUGCCUUGAAGCAUCCUUCCGGCAUUCAGGUUGCCACACUUCACUCCACAAGAUUAUCACAGUCAGAGCUGGAUUGUGUUGCAGAAACAUUCAGCUUGACAGAAGGCACUGUUCUUUUUCUGUUUACCCUUCAUGUCUGCAUCUCUUCUCCUUUCCCCCUACCUCCCGCAAUAUGUCUGUUUUGAUUGGCCAGGAAGAAAAUAGGUUGGCAUGUAAGUGAUGAUUUUCUGACCGUGACUGUUUCAUGAUAUAUAGUCUGGGGAGCUGGUUUGUCCUGGUUUUAAACUCAGUUUUAAUUUCUAAAGCCAAUCAGCCUUGGGAUGUAGGCCAACUUCGUACACUGGUAUAAAUUGCGGUAAUUCCACUGAAGUAUAGAACCAGUCUAAGGGAGAGAAGGAGUCUUGAAAAACCAAUUUUUUAAGUGACUUGCUGUCCUAUUGUCCUCAUAGACAUAAUCUGCAGAGUUUAACUGUUUUACUAGUCUUGGUUCACACCUAGUUAGCGCACACUACAACUAUUUGUGAAGAGAAUCCUUUUCUAGACAUCUCUUUUCUAAUAGGUGCCAAGAUAGAUUAGUGCCGCCAAAUGAUGUCCCUUUUUAUGUAUUGUAUUGAGUACUUGUAAUUUAUUUCUGGUAGAGAGGGGUGUUCUGCUUAAAUGUUUGCUGUCAUUGGUAAUAUUUAAAAGUUCCUUCAGCUGUAAUUUUGGCCUUGUAAGAAACAUCAGAGCCUAGAGGCUGACCUCAGUUUAAGCCUAGCAUUAAGGAUACAUAUUGGUCACAUUGAAGAAAACGGGAGUUUUGCCGUUGAGUAGAAUCAGGGUUUAGCUCUAUAUUCAGUGGAGUUCCAGGAUUGACAGUUGUAUGAUCGAGACAAGGAUCUGACUCAUUUUUUUCCAAGAUUUCUUUCCAUGCACCAACAUGUGUAUAUACGAUAUAGCAAAUUCAUAUAGCAGCUAAUGGAUAGAAACCAGUUUACGUGGACAGAAUUUUAACAAGUAAUUGUCAUCCCUUGUCUUAUUUUAUAUCCCGUAAUAAUUCAGUGUUCUCUAAUCAUACAAGACCUAUUCCUUCAUGAAUGGACCAUUGUGUUAUCAGAUACCUGUGUAUUAAAUAGACUGGUUUGCUAUGAUUAAAGUCAGAAAUUUUCUCCUGCA